UUAUUGAAUACGAAUGUCAAAAAAGACUGUAGGAACAAAAUACGAAUAUGAACUUUCAAAUAGAUUAGGACAAGGAGCUUUUGCUGAGGUGUACAAAGGGAAAAAUAAAGUUACAGGCGAAGUAGUGGCUAUAAAAGUUAUAAAAAGAUCACUUUUGGCAAAAUAUGGGUAUGUAAAUAUUUCUAUUUGUUUAAAGAGAUGACAUUCUCAGAUAAAUUCAUUAAGAAGUUAGUAUAUUACAAUAAUUAAUGCUUUCUAUGAGAAAAACCUUGUGUCCAUUUAUAAAUAAAAUUUAUGAAUGCCUUGAAACAUCAAAUAAUAUAUAUAUAGUUUUGGAGUUUUGCAAUUAAGGAACAUUGUUGGAUAAAAUAAAAAAGUCACGUAAGCUGCCUGAAGAUGAGGCCAUAUUUGUGUUUUUCUAACUAAUUCAGGCUUUAGAUUUUUUAUGUGACAACAAUAUUGCACAUAGAGACAUCAAACCUGAGAAUGUAUUCAUUAAAGAUGGAGUCUAUAAAUUAGGAGAUUUUGGAUUUGCAGGUCAAAAGUCUCUAUACAACACUCAUUUAGGAACAUAUCCUUAUAUGGCUCCAGAAUUCUUUAAUUCAAGUUAAUAUGAUGGAAAUUAAGUGGAUAUAUGGGCUAUAGGAUUACUAUUUCAUGAAAUUUUAUUUGGAGAAAUCUAUUUCAUAGGAAAUAGUCAAUAUGAAGUGUCUCAAAAGAUCUUAAAUAAAGAAUAUAAAUUGGGAACCCAACAUUAAUGUUGUAAAGAGAUCCGUGAUUUAUUGCCAAGAAUGAUAGAGAAAGAUAAAACAAAAGUAAUAAUGAUUGAAUAUCUUUUAUAGCGUAUUACAGCUAAGCAAAUAUUGGAAUUGCCAUUAUUUAAAAAAUUCAAGUAUGAUAGUCGAUAUUUGGAGAUUGAGAAGAAAGAGAGAGAAUUUUGGUAGUAAUUCUUGAAGAAUGAGAAUAAUCAAACUGAAGAAGACAUAAAAAAGGCCUAAAAAGAGGAAGAAGAAAAAUAGCGAUAAGAAGAAGAAAAAAAACAACGACUAGCCUAGGAAAAAUUAUAAAAAGAAGCAGAACAAAAGAGAGAGAAAAUUCGUUAAGAGAUAUCAAAAAUUAUUAAUAUAGUUAAUGAAAUGAGAAAUGGCAUAACAAUAAUAAUCAAACUAUGCGAAUUUCUUUAAACAAACUUUAGCCAUAUAUGCAGAUAUGAUAUUUUCUACAUCCUUAAGUAAGGCUAUCAGUAAUAACAUUUAUUGAAAGAGAAAUUGGAUGCAGCUCAAAUUCUCACAAAAGAAGAUCAUUAAGAUUUUGAAUAGAUUGGUUAGGAAGCGUGGGAUUACUUUUAUUAAAACCAAGAGUUUUAUUUUUAUUUUUAUUAGUAGAGUGCAAAGUUUAUUAGCUGAUAUUGAGCAUGAUCGAGAUCAAUUAAGAAAGGAUUAUGUUAAUCAAUUGAAUUAUUUGAAUAAUCUAACAAGCAGCCAAUAUAAUGGCUAUUUAUAAGAAUUUCAAUCUGUAAAAUUUUAAUAGAUUUAUUAGGUUUCAGAUCUAGAUAUCGCUAAUGGAAUUCCUGAAUAAUUAUUUUUAGAGCAAAUGGCUUCAACGGCCACUUUUUUAAAUAGUGAAUUGUCAAUUUAGCAUGAAUAAAAAUUUUAAUAAUUACUAAGAAAAGCAAUUAUUUGGAUUCUUGCUGUUGCCUAAUUUGAAGAUUUGAUUUCUGGAAGGAAAGUUAAUAUCUCAAAAUUUUUGAGAUGCAUAGAUAGUGAUUAGGUUGAUGAAAUGAAAAAAUGCUUAUAUUCAUAAUGA